CCAAUGAACUGGCGUGAAAUGGAGUGGGGGGUGGGGAGCGACAGAGAACCAGCUGAACUGAUGUGAAGCGGAGAUUCUUUGGGGAGUCUCUAUGCUCGGGGAGCCGCUGCAUGCAAGAGGGCCGCGCGUUACAGUUCUUGUGACUAAGUUGACACAGGAGGCGUGCUGCUAGUUCUGCGAGUUCCCUUUGGGUGUCGUCAAAAUGGUGAUCAAAGUGUUUGUAGCCACAUCCUCGGGGUCUACAGCGAUUAAGAAGAAACAGCAAGAGGUAGUGGGCUUUUUAGAGGCCAACAAGAUUGACUUUAAGGAAAUGGAUAUAGCGUGUGAUGAAGACAACCGGAAAUGGAUGAGAGAGAAUGUGCCAGGUGAAAAGAAGCCACAAAAUGGAAUCCCUCUCCCUCCACAGAUAUUCAAUGAAGAACAGUAUUGUGGGGAUUUUGAUUCAUUUUUCUCUGCAAAAGAAGAAAAUAUUAUUUAUUCAUUCCUAGGCCUUGCUCCUCCACCAGGCUCAUCGAAAUGGAAAUGGACUGCCUUCAAGUCGAUUCCGACUUACAGCGACCCUGUGAAUAGGGUUUUCAUGGAGGGCAGGAUUACCGAGGAGAUACCGACUGUACCAAAUGGUGACGUUUCAGGAGAAGAGCACAAAACUGAAGAAGAGACUGAAAAAACUGAAGCUACUGAAGAGAAUGAGGCGCACGCAGAAGACAAUGCAGAUGCUGAUACAACUGAAGUGCCUACAGAACAGGAAACAGAUGAAGCACAGGAGGAAGAGGAGGAAGAGGAAGAAGAAGAGGAAUCUUAGUACAAUUGUAAUAUGACUUUUUCCUUCAAAAGACUGUUCAGGAAGCAGAAGCCCAUGGCGUCACCACAGUGUGAAGAUUAAAAACAAUAACUUCCCCUCCAUGACAACAUCACUGCUUUUUCUCUCCAACUCCCAAUAUCGGCAUAGAUGUAAUCUGAAACACCAAACAGCCCCGCAAGCAUUCUUUAUGUUAUCUGACUUUGUGUCAAAUGGGUCUUCAGAUCUUCAGAACUUAGGAUAUAGGUUCCUGUGGGCAGAUAUUGUUUCAGUCUCCAUGUUUGUGUACCGCCAGGCACAUUUUGGCAACACUCAGAAGUGAUGGCAAGGCCAUUCAGAACUGGAACCUCCAAAGAAGCGCCAUAUGUAUGUACCAUAAUGACCUGCUUAUUUCUAAACUAAAGUAGCCUUUGAAGUGGGUGUUAUUUUUAAUGUACAGCAACUGAAAUAAAAGCAUUUCAUGUCGACUAUUCCCUAUAGGCAUUAAUUUAGCAUAGUAAGUUAUGAAAUCAGAAAACUCAAAAUUUUGCUUAUAGCCUACACGGUGCCUUCACUGAAGACAGGUUCUCUGUGAAUUCCCCCCUCCUCUACUCCUGUAUUUUGUGUCAGCCCUGUAUAAUAUUAAAUUUUCUUAUUAUUUCACUGUUCAUGGAAGUAGAACUUUUCAAUAGGUACUACGCACGUUCAAAUAUCAGUUUUCUCCUUGCGCAACUAAAAAGCAAUUUUCAGCUCUCCCUAUAUUAUAUGUUUGGACAAGGACUGCAACUAAUGGGUAGAUGCAGGGCAAAGUCUUUCAUCCCAUUCUUUUGCAGUUCUUGUGGAAACCUGCAGUGGACUGUGGGAACCUACACUCAUUGGGAAAUUCUGUUGCAAGAACCCUAAUGAAAUUAACAAGAGCUAUCAAAAAGCACAUUCUAUUACUGUAGUAAGCGAGCACAGAAAAAGUACCAGAGUACCUAGUAUGCCUUUUGCAAUUUUAUUAUGUUGGCAGCUACAGACCGGAACAGUGAGGAAAAGAGAUACAUUUAUAAAUUGCAGUGGGGGUGGGAGGGAUCAACCUGACACCAUAUGAUUUUUAACCCUUUCUUUCACACCAUUUGGUUCACUAUCUUCAUAGCGGCUAUUUGCCCUACUAAGCAAAUAUAAAGAUACCCAUAUGAUACCUGUCUGUUUUUCCGAGUGAUGCAAAUUGCUGCUGCUGGUGGUGAUUUUAACUGGAAAAAAUGGCAUUGGGGAAGGGUUAAAAAAAUCCCAAAGCAGUGGUCCAGAUCCAAAUUGGGCCACCACAGCAGCUGUUAACACUUGAAAAAUGUGGGAGAUCCUAUUUAUCACAGUUAGUUUGUCCCUGAUUUUGGAUCCUCCUGUUGAGUUGCCAGGCCUCACUAUACCUCAUUAUUGGCAGUUGUCUCUAGCCCACCUUAGAUUAUUAUAAUGGCUGGACAAAUGGCUCAUAUUUGACAAUGAGGGCCAACACCCAACAACCAUCUAGCAAGGUGGCUUUCAUGCAAAACUAUAACUGGCAUUGUAUGAUAUAAAAAUAAAGUAGUUUCUAAAGGGCUUAAGCCUUGUUUAGAAAAACAUCAUAUGGUUUUUAAAAGACUAUAAGACAAAGCUGGCUAAUAUCUCAACAGCCCAUUCUAGAAUAGUUAAAAGGAAUGAGAUUUCUCCAGAGUAAGUAGUUUGUGGUCAAAUGAAAGCUUUAAACCUUUCUGCAGUUGUGAAGCAUUAAGCACUUUCAUUGAACAACUUCUAAACAGGAUUAUAAUUACAGUAUCUUAAUGGUAUUAGGAUAGGCUUUUCUCAUUCUGAUCCUACUUCUUUGGAUACAUGGUUUGUUCUUGUUUUGCAUCUAUUAGUGAUUUUAGAAGUUCCUGUCUCCAGUGGAUAGUUAUCUCUGUUCCAGCCUUUGGGAGUAAUUGCAGCCUUCAAGUAUGCAGCCACUAGAUAUAACUUCCAAUGCAGGAGAAUACUAUUUUGGUGACAACAAAAGCAAUUGUUACUGCCUAGAGCAGGGGUUAGAUUGGCACAGCUUUGGCUGCACACUGUCUAUAAUCAGCUCAAUUAAGACCUGAAUUGUAGAUGAUGAAGACGAUUAAUUAAAUUUAUAUCCCACCCUUCCUCCCAAAGAUAAAGCUUAAAAUGUGGGGCAACAUUGACAUUGCUGAACUUUUUUUUUGGCCAUAGACUUUUAAGGCAAUCUAUUUAUGAUUAUAGUUGGCCUAUUCGAGUAUAGGCCAAGUGUGACAAUUUUCUAGUCUUUUCUCUCUCUUUUUUCUUUACAUGCAUUUGCCUGCACUGAACUACUAGCAACACGCAAGAGUGAAUGAAGCAACCCCAUUAUCUGUAAUGACUGCACUCUGUGUUAUUUGUUUGUUCCUCCCAGUGCCUUUGUGUAGUGUAACAGCUGCUGGAGACCUCAGUGUACUUAAAAAAAACCCACAACUUUUCUAUCCA